AUGGGAACAAAACAGAUCGUCACAGUGAUGUUCUUCUUUUUAUCUGUGAUCAUGGCGUUGCUUUGUCAUCAUCAAUCCGAAGCUCAAGCGCCGAUUCCAACUCCCGGUGAUUGCUUCUCGUCAAUCAAGAAGGUUAAAGGUUGUGCGGAUGCUGUGAAAGCUGCCACUAAAGGACAUCUUCUACGUUUGGUCAAGGAUUGUUGCCACGUCAUCAAUGACCUUGCCGACGAUUGUUUUCCGAUCAUUUUCCCCGGAAAACCUUACAUUGCCGCACUCGUUAAGCAUGCAUGUUCUUAA